UAUAGCGACGUCAACAUUUAUUUGUUUGUCAAAUAAAUUAUUUUAAGCAUGUUUUAAGUCCUACGAAUAAUUGAUAAAAUAGGAAAAAUGGAAGAAACUGGUGUCCCGGAGAGUCGCGCUGCAUAUAUAGAGCGUAAACGAGCUGAACUCAAACGAUUCUUUGGUGGCAAUUUCCCUCAGAACGUGAUAGAUAAGGCGAUAGAAAAUGAGCUUAAACCACUCAUUGAUGGAGAAGUGGACAAAGGUAGACCUUAUAUAGCUGCAUCUGCACCUGGACCUGUCAAAUCUGAGUAUGAAGUAAUGACAGGGCAACCAUUCACGAAAGUAGGCGAUCACAAUGAGCCUUUGACCACUGAGAAAAUCAAGGAGAUGCUUAAAGAUAACCCUAUCCUUGAAGAAAAAGCUAAACAAAUACAGAUUUUUAUAAAUUCAGACACUAAUAACAAAGAUAUUGUGGUACCAUUAAAUCAAAUAAAGAUUUUAGACUACGCCGAUAUGAAAGCAGAACUAGAUUCAGCAGAAGGUGAUGUUGAAAAAAUAAAAAGGAUCAAAUAUAGAAAUAUGCAAGUUUUGAUGAAUGCUGCCGUUGAUUAUAAAGAUAAAAGUAAUUUAGGAGAUAUAAAACUAACUGAACAAGAAGAGGAAAAUGAUGAAGAAAGUGACGAUGAAGAAUUUGAAAAAAUAGAUAAGGCUGUAACGAAAUACACUAAUAAAUCUUACGAAACAAGAUUUCGAGAGACUAAAGAAAUGCUGCGACAGCUAGCGGAUAGUUAUGAAGAACCCGACAGUACACAAAAUAAUAAAAACAAACCCAGCAAGUUGAAAUUGGAAGAACAUCCUAUAUUAAAGGAAGCAUCAUCAUGCCUGAUUAAAGGUAGAAGACAAAAUACUGCUUUUGAAGAAAUUAAAGAAAGUUAUGCAAUUAAUGAAGUUCUGAAUAUAUCUUUAAAAGCUAAUCCAGUGGCAUUAGAGAUCAGUAGAGACGCUAAAGAAGAAAUAGAUAGUAAUAAAGAAGACAAAUACUUUGCAGAUGAAGAAGUUUGCUCAAAAAGUUUUGAAGGAAAGCUCAAGGACACAGAAAAGGCUUUACAAGAAAUAGAUCUUAUUUUAACUGCAAAUAAUGAUGAAACUAAAAUUAAUCCUAAUGAUAGUAAUAUAUCUGAUGUGUUUGAAUCGGCCGAUGAGGAUGAGUCAUUGGAUAGCAAAAUUGAAGAUAUGAAAUUAAUUCAACAAAAUAACAAACUAAAAUUUGAUGAAAAAAUCGAAACGACAUUACAUAAUACUUUGCAAACAAUAUUUGAAUCAAAAAACAGUGAUAAUACAGAAAAUAAUGAGCUUGAGUUUAAAGAAAUGAAAGCCCUCGCACGCAAUAUUGUAGAAGGCGCUGAAAGCUUAAAAACAUUUAUUAAAGAGGAUAUAACAAACAAAUUAAACAGCAUGAACGAAUUACUGAAUGAUGUUAAUGCAGCUUUAGAAAAUUCUAGAAAAUCUAAUAUUGCUUAUCAAAAAAUGAAGGAAGAAGGUGAAGCUUAUCAAAAAACAAUGGCAGAAGGGGGUGUCAAGAAACGUGUAAAAGAAAUUGAAGCUUGUCAAAUAGAAGAACUACAUAGUGAUAUUCACCGGAACGUAAAACCUAAUGACAAUGAAAAAGAAAGUGUUUCUCUUCUAGAUAUAGAUGGUAUACAUAACGCUAUCUCUAAUCUCAAUGAAGAAAUAAAAUGUCACGAAAAUAGGAUUAAUAAAAGUAAAGCAAACUAUGAAAUGAGAAACAAAGAGUGUCAAGAUUUUAUAAAAGAAGUUGAUGUCAUUUUACGAAAAUCUCAAGAAGUCCUUCAUCCUAAAGCGACAAAUGUGAAUAACGAUAAAUUAAAAGGCGAGUCAAAUAAAAGUGGCAAUAAUCAAGAAAGUGAUUCUGAAAAAGCUUGUGACACUAAUUAUACAAAAUCAGUGAAAGAAGGUAAAGGUAAGGAUCAAACAAACAAGAAAUUAGCUGACUUUAACCAACAAGAACUAGAUAGGAGCAAGAGAAUAGAUAAUCUGUUAUACGAUAUUAAAGAUAAAAUGAAGGACAAUAAAGAGGUGUUACGCCUAGCAAAUAAUUUAUUACGGCGUGAAGAAAAUAAGAAGAAUCCACUAACAACUUCUACGAUACAGGAGAUACCUUUUAUUGAAAACGAUGAAAAAGCCAAGGGCGAUUAUGUUGACAAUAACCAAUUGUUAGAAGAAAAUAAAGAUGAAUUUGAAAUGUCUUGCAUGCCACCACUGGAGGAUAAAGCUAAAGAAGAUGAAGAAGAAAAAAGAAAAGCAGAAGCUGAGAAGAAGAAGCAAAGGGAGUUCCAGAUUAAAAUAGAGAAGGAAUUGGAAGUAAUGAACCGAGGUCCGCGAAUGACGAAGGAGUUUAUAAAGAACCAUUGCAAGCAGCACAAGUUGUACUCCACGCCAUAUUUGAACGAUAUUUUGUAUUUGCAUUUUAAAGGAUUUUCGAAAAUCGAGAACUUAGAAGAAUACACUGGUCUCAAAUGCAUAUUCCUGGAAAACAAUGGAAUACAAAGAAUCGAAGGGCUUGAUACUCUAUCCGAACUUAAAUGCCUAUACCUCCAUUAUAACGUGAUUAGGAAGAUUGAGAACUUGCAAGGCUGCCCUAAGUUGGAUACUUUGAAUUUGGAUCACAACUUUGUGACAAAGAUUGAGAAUUUGGAUGUCGUACCAGAUUUGCAUACGUUGAGUAUGGCUCAUAAUAUGAUGUCAAGCGUUGAUGACUUGGAACAGCUCAGAUACUGCAGGAAUCUGUCAGUUGUGGACCUGUCCUACAAUCGACUUGAAGAUCCUCUAAUAGUCGAUGUGUUAGCGGAUAUGGCCAUUCUUAAAGUUCUCGUAUUAACUGGCAACCCGGUGGUACGCAAUAUCCCGGCGUACCGCAAAACGCUGACGCUGCGUCUCAAGGAGUUGCUGAACCUCGACAACCGGCCCGUGUUCCCAAGAGACCGCGCCUGCGCAGAAGCGUGGCAAAGAGGAGGCGUGCAGGAGGAAAUUGCUGAGAGACGCCGUUGGAUAGAGAGAGAUCAAGAGAAGGUGAUGCAGAGCGUCCGCUACCUCAUCAAGAUGAGAGAUGAGAACCGCGCUAAGAGGGAAGCUCGUGAGCAAGAGGAGAGGGAGAAAUUGGGCCUUCCUCCCGUCGUCAUGAAGGAAGAAGAUGAAGAUAAAGAGACUAAAGUAACUGGAAGCAAAGAGGGUAGUUCAACAGAAUUGGUCAAAACUAAAGAAGGUGUAGUAGAAGACAUGCUGUCAGGAUCCGAAGCCGAUGACUCCACCAGCGACAGCUCCAGUGGGAGUGACUCUGAUGGGAAAGACGAAGACGGAGAAACAAUAAAAGUAGAAUGGUCACAAGUGGACAGAGGCAAGCGAUUGAUUCAAGAGCUGAAAGAGGAACAGCCGAUUGAAGACCAGUGGGCUGGAUUUAUGGCAGGAUCGACUGUUUCUGGAGACAAAAAUUUUAUGUCAGAUUUAAAUGCAAUCAACGAUUUACUGUUUAAACAAGAAACGCAUGCAGAUAAAAAGAAAAUGUCUACAAUUUUAGAAGAGCGCAAAAAUAAACCUUCAAAUGAUGAUGCUAAACUAUCAGAAAGCAAUACCGAAUCUCUGACAUCACAAGAAGCUAAAAGAAAACCAAUUAUUGAAAUACUCGAGGAAUAUACCAAUAAAUCUCUACUAAAUGAUCGUGAUGUCGAAGAAAAUGAAGACAAUAAAACAAAUAAAGGCAUUAUUGAGGACGGGAACCUUAUUAUAGAUUUAAACAAAAAACUUGCUUUUGAAAAGGAAACCAAUGACAUACUUAAAGAUACAAAUAUAGAACAGUCAAAUGUUAGUGACCGACGUAGUAGAAAACUAAAAGUUGUACCUAUUAAAGAGGCCAAUGGACCUAAAGAUAACAAUGAAACGGAGAGAAAUAAUAAAAAAGAAAAAAAGAAUGGUAAAGGUUCUACUGAAACUGACGGUAAACAAGGUAAUCAAGUACAAGCAAAACCGAGCACUAGUUCACAAUCAACUGGACAAUCUCAUCAAAGUUCAACACAAGGCGAUGGCGACGGGGAGUUCAUAAACUACAGGAACCGCAAGAAGUCCAGCGCGAUCUAUGAUGAAGAGGAUCCAGAGCUGCAGCCCAGCGCUGAGGACCUGGAGAUCUUCGCUGAGCUGGAGAGGAAUGAGUUGGAAAAGGAAGCCAGGGUCGCGAGAGGAGAACCUGCUAUUGAUCCGAUGAAACUGUACGACCGCAAGACGAUGGAAGCAUACCACAAGGCUCAGGAACCGGAGCAGGCGCAUGCACUUACGCAGAAACAAUAUGUGACCACUUACAAGACUGAUAACGCCUUCGACCGAGCAGCGCUGAGCCAGCUCAUUGCGUGCGACAACCCUGAUGAAAAUAAAGUGAAACUGACUCACGUGCCGGGAGCAGUGUUGUUACAGUACGUCGAUCAGCAGACGCCAACUGAAGUGGAGUACGCGAUAGGAGAGGAGAAGAUACAGUCAGCCCCAUCUUCACCAGAUACGGAAUCUAUAGACAUCUCAAGCGAUACUGACACAAGUAGCUCUGAAACUGAGUUGCAAUCUACGAAGCAAUCAACAAAACAAACUAAAACCAGACCGCCUACAGCCAAAUCCAAACAUGAUGGAGAAGAUAAAUCGAAAGAUGCUGUUAAAUGUAAUAAUGAUAAAGAAACUUCAGAAAGAAAACAUGGAAGUGAAAAGCAAUACAAACACAAAAGUUACGAAGGAGUGUCAGGAAGCAAAAGUGGACAUUAUGAAAAGGAACAUAAAUCUAAUGAUAUUCGAUCAAAUGUUAAGGAAGUAAACGAAGAACCACCUGCACAAUACUAUGGCUCUAACAAUAAUAUGUGUAGUUCAUCAUCUAACGCGCGAAUGAGUCACGUGGAUCGUUCUGAUGCAAAAAGAUGUAUUAUUGAUACUAUCAACUCAUACGGCGAUGAAAGAUUCCCUUCUCAAGGUGUCAAUUAUUCGAAUAUGGAUGAAAACGCACGCAUAGAAGAUUCCGUGGCUACAGAAAUAUUGAAUAAAACGCUCAAGUACGAAGAACAAGAGCUGUACAGACAGAUGGAUGUGGUGACGUCACAUGCGAGUCGAGUGGAUAACCAGACGAACGCUAUUAUUGAACAGAUUUCUGACGAACUUGAACAUGAAUGCACUUUGCCAGAAGUAUCUCGAAUACUAGAAGCACACGUAGGAGACGUCGAACAAAGAUGGAGGAUGGAACUGUAUGAAAAUUACAUUCCUUCACCAGACGACUCAAUAGCAGAUGAUGAUGAAGCUACCUUAGUAGAAAGUCAUGAAGGUUCAGUGUCAGAAGACACUUUUACAGAAGACGAUGGUAAAGAAAGACCGGUUGGCGCAGAAGCUAAUGAUUCUGGGAUUUGUAACGAAUAUAAUGAUAACGACAAAGUUAUUGAUAAGAUUAAUCAUGAUAAAACAACAAAAGAAUCGGAUGACAAAGAUAAAGUUACAGAAAAACCCAAUAAUAGAAAUAAAGUAACCGAAAAUCAAACGUGUAGUAACGAUAAGUCAAAUAACGUAGAUAAAGGAAUGAAAGACAAACGUGAAGAAUCUGGUGACAAAGAUAAUGUUGAAACAGAUAAAUUCAAUGACGAAAAUAAAGGUACCGAAGUUCUAACAGACACUAAAGUUAAAUCAAAUGACAUGAAUAAAGGAACGGACGAUAGACGUAAUGAAGAUGACAGACGUAAAAUAAGCAAAGAAUCUGAUGAAAAAAUUAAAGAAACCGAUCCAAGUGUUAAGACUAUUGAUGUUCGCGCAAAUAUUUCAGCUGACGAUGAAAUCUUUGAAGAUUGUGUCGAUGAUAUAGAUGAAAUUAAUACUGGAGAUGAAGAGGAUUUCCAACGUGUCGAUGAGAAUUACACUUUGGAAAUGAAAUUAGCACUAGGAAUUAAUAUGGACACAUAGAUUUGCAAUGAUGCAACUUUAAAUGCAAACAGAAGAAUGCAUUGAGUUGCAAUUUUACUAGUAGGGUUUUGCCUAGUAAUUAAAGUAGGUAUUUGUUAUAUUUUAACGGAGGAUGCAGAGAUUUGGCAACUUUUUUUAAUUUAGGACUGAAAGGUGCACCAUUGCGUAGAGGUAUGGUAAUUUUUUCAUAUAAUAUGCAUAAUAUAUUUGUAAU